AUGGCUGUCGUCGCAUCUCUAGAUAUGGAGAAGGUCCAGUAUCCCGCCGUCCAAGAACUCGAUGCCAAAGCACAUGCAGCAGCAAAACGGCCCACGGCUCCCGACCAGUUUGACGAGAGCUACCGGACAGCGCGACUGGAGAUAUGGGCUUAUUAUGCUUACUACAUAGGAAAUAAUGGCCUGUCCCUGUUCAAUUUCGCACCUACAGCGUUCCAGAAUCUGCUGUCGCAAGCGACCGACGAGAAUGGACAGUUAUUUUUCGCCGGCAGAUUGCGCUCUAUUGAAAGCAUCGUCCUUCUCUGCAACGGCAUCUCUUUUGCCAUCCAGGUUCUCGUCUUUCUAGUCAUCGGCAGCUUCGCAGACUUCGGCACCUGGAGACCAAAUAUCCUCAUCGGUCUAUCAAUUGUCGCGUACGCAAUUGGCUUUGGCUGGCUAGGUGUCCAUGAUGCAGAGAAAUGGCAUGUCGCAGUGGGGUUAUAUAUUGUCGGCUUGAUCGCCUACCAGACAACCCUAACAUUCUGGACAGCUGCAUUCCCGGGCCUUGCACGUAAUACAGUCGAAAUGAAAUCCAAGGCGGACGAGUAUCAAUCCGGUUCUAUAUCUCGUGAUGAGUAUGAUUUCGCGGAUACAAUGAAGCGCAGUCAACUGGCGAACAUGGCGUUCUACGUACAAUCUGUGGGUGAGAUCUUUAUCCUUGCAGUUAUUGUGGGGAUUAUGUUUGGGUUGAGAGUUGAUGAUAGCCAAGCAAAUAAUAACUGGGGACUGAGUGUGCUGAUUGCGUUUGCGAGUGGUGUUUGGCUGCUUGUUUCGCUGCCUUGGUUUGUCCUUGAGAAAAGACGACCGGGACAAGGUACUGGGGGGCGGAGCAUAGUUGUUGCUGGCCUCAAGCAGAUCUAUGUAGCUACAAGGCAAAUAUGGAGGUUGAAGCAGAGCCUGCUUUAUCUUGUUGGAUACUUCCUACUCGGGGACUCUCUUAACACCACCGUGACAGUGAUAUCAACACUCCAAAACAACAUCGUUGCUUACAACACCCUUCAGCUCGCAUACCUUCUGAUCGUCGGUAUUACAGCACAGGCGCUCGGCAUAUACGCCUUCUGGCGUAUCCAGACCCGUUUCAACCUUUCCCCCUUAACGCUCUUCCACCUCAUUGUAGCAGCCAUAAUAGUUCUCGACAUCUGGGGCAUGAUUGGCAUCUUCACUAACCGAUUCGGCUUCCAUAACACUUGGGAGGUCUGGGCAUAUCAAGCAUACUACGGCCUCCUUGUGUGUCCCUGGUACAGCUAUUCUCAGAUUAUGAUUUCGGAAGUGACACCGCGCGGACAUGAGUUCUUAUUUUUCUCCCUCUUUAGCAUUGUUGGAAAGACGAGCAGUUUCAUUGGGCCCUUGGUAUCAAGUGCAAUUAUCGAUGCGAGCGAGAGUGGGAAUGCGGGUUUGCCGUUUUACUUCCUGGUGGGCAUUAGCGUGCUCGCGGCGGGGGUCCUGGGCGUUUGGUUGGAUAUAGGGAAGAGUAGAAAGGAGCAGGAGGCUUUCUUGGAGGAGAAGAAAUUGAGAGAAUGA